AACCAUAAAGGAUACUAACAAGAGAAAGGAGACUCGGCAAUACUGUGAGUGAUAUCUGGAGAUAUGGUUGGGCAUGCUGGAAAAGUGGAAGCUGUUGAUAGUGCUGUGGAAGUGUGCCCCAAAUAUACAGACAAUGAAAUCACUGAACAGAAGUUCAAGAAGUACUCUGUCCAACGGAAGGAAAACAUACAGUUGAACAUGCAGCCCAACAGUUUCAAAGAAACAUUCUUCAGAGAACUUCAAACAGACAAUGGAAGGGGUAGAGGAGUGGGUCACCCAAGCUUCUUGUUAUAAUAGCAGGGGAAAAAAAACUAUUUCAGAAGAUGAAUGAAUUGGAAAUUAAUUGGUUUCUUGCUGGCUGUCUAAAUUACAAAUGUCAGCAGAACACUAGGAUUUAGGACACUGACCAGUUUGUGGUCAGUGGAUUAUGCAGAGAGAAGCAACAAAUAAGCGAGAUAAUUUAAGACAGCAUUACUUAAAGAACAUUAAAAUCAGAGUAGCAAUGGAAACUCUGCUAAGAACAAAGUCAAAUGAUCAUCAACCCAAGUUCAAAGAUGGAUCAAGACUUAGGAAAGUACAAAAGUGGGUGUAUCAGAUCUGGGCUGCAAGAACCUAAGAGGACCAAGGACAAUGACAAAGAGUAGGAGUUUUCUGAGUCCCUCUGCUGCCAUUUGGUGACUGUCUGCACAUUUGCAGGCUGGGUGUAGUAGUCCUAACCAAAUCCUAGUAAGAUGAACUUUGCAGUGCGUUUAAGUUCCAGAGGGAGCAACAGGACCUAUAGGAAUGCAAGGAAAAAUUCAGGGAUGCACUCCUAAAAGCAUCCCUAAAUUUGGGACUUGCUAGACUCUUUAUUAACAAUUAUAUUUUUUUCCCCCUCUCUCCUAUAACCUUUAUACAUCUAACCACUCUGUGUAAAUAAAAACAAUCACAUUUAUAACCCUUGGUUUUUGGAAACCUUCCUCUUUUGGACUUCUGCGGAAACCUGAAUGUUUGGUUCCUCCUUUGGACUUCUGUGGAAUAGUGCCAUAUACUGAAAGGAGCAACGUGUCAUUUACCACAAUCUUCAUUCCAACAGUAUAUAAAGGAUGUUCAUAGGAGUGCUUAGCUCACUUUUCAGAUACGCCUUUGAGGACUCACGUCUAAUUUGCAAGAGCUUCUGAAAAGAUCCAAACUUUCUAAUGGAUUUCCAACACGCUUACGAUUCUCUAGUGAGAGGCAUUCAGUCCAUCAAUGUCACGGGAGAUUUCAAUCCUUGUCAGCUUUUGCUCACAGGAGACCGAGCCUUCCCAGUGCUUGUGGGUUCAAAUGGGCAAGUUCUCAUUGCUGCAACCCAGUAUGGGAAAGGCCGGAUGGUGGUCGCUGCGCAUGAAGCAAUGUUACAGUAUCCCCAAUUCCUGCCAUUCGUAAAAAAUGCUCUGGACUGGCUCAAGCCUUCCCCAACGGCACUCAUUGGGGUCCACAGAAGCCUGGAUGCCCUCUCCAAGUUGCUCCUUGAGGGUGGCGUUAAAAUUUAUCCGGAUGCAACGCUUGGGGACUCCCCAGGGGUGUUUUGCAGAGAUGCCUACGAUGAUGUGCAGGCUGAUGACCUUGUGCAGUUCGUAAAGAGAGGCGGGGGUCUGCUCAUUGGUGGCCAGGCCUGGCACUGGUCAUAUCAACAUGGGAAGGAGGCGGUCCUGGUUCGAUUUCCUGGAAAUCAGGUGACCAGCGUGGCUGGAGUGUACUUCACUGCCAACGUGGGAGAAAACGGGGUCUUCUCUGUCCCUGCAAAAAUCCCAAGGAUUCCCCUGAUCACUGAGCACGGAUUAGACAUUCAAAAUGAUUUGAAGACAUUUUUGAAUGGAGUUAUCAAAUUCAAUAUAAAGGGUGAUGACCUCCAGAAGCCAAUACUUCCAUCUCCAUUGCUAAUCCAUGGAACGCUGGCAUUUCCAGUUGGCAUAAGUGAUACCUACCACUCCUUCCUGGCAGCUGCAUACUAUGGUAGAGGACGCAUCGUAGUUGCCUCUCAUGAAGGCUUCUUUAACUUGCCAUCAAUGAAAGCCUUCCUCCUCAAUGCCAUCAGUUGGCUUUCUGCUGGAAAGGAAAGGAAGGUGGGCAUCGGAGACAACUUACAGGAACUUUACUCUAUGUUAAAUCAAGCAAUGAUCCGCUGUGAGCUAACCGACUUUAAGGAAGGCCUAGGCAUAUACUGUUGUACAGCCUACAAUGCCAAAGAGAUGAAAAGCAUCCAUGAGUUUGUCUCUGAAGGAGGAGGACUCCUGAUUGGGGGUCAAGCUUGGUAUUGGACUUAUGAGAAUCCUAACUCCAGUGCCAUUGCAGAAUAUCCAGGAAACAAGAUCUUGAAUAAGUUUGGAAUUGGCAUUGCUGGGAAAACUAUUGAAAUACCUGAUAACAGCUGCCCUGUAGGAGAGCCCAGCAAAGUGGCUUCCACUUAUCACUUCCGGAAAGCACUCUUGCAAUUCAAGGAAUAUAUUCAGAACAAGCAGACUCUACAACCACCAUAUUCCUUGUGGCUCCAGAAGCUGGCACAAGACACUGCGAUGUUCCUUGAGAUCCCGGCUGUGAACUCCCGUCCUUUCUCUUCGGUUCAUGACGAUGUUCUAGAGUUGGUUCAACUUAAAGGGAUUCCUGAGGUCAGUGCAUACAACCCAAUCCAAGCCAAUUCAGACCAAGCCCUCUUCCUUCAAAUAGCUUCUGUGCUCUACAAUGUUCUACCAGAGUUUCAAGACUUAGUACCUCACCUGAACCCAUCUUUUCUCAAGCCUUAUCCUACAGCACCUCCUCAAACCAUUCAAGUAAAUGGCAGCAAUGCAGGAAAUGAAGCAUGGAGAAGUACUGGCAUGUAUGCUGCACCAGCAAAGACAGUCACCUUAAUAUUCCCAUCCUCUGCUAUUGGUGCAAAGUUGCAGGUACAGAUUGGCUGUCACACGGAUAAUUUAACUGAACACAACGAAUGGAAACGUCCCCCAGUGAUGACAAGGAGAUUUGAGGUUCAGAGCAAGAAGAUGGAGGUCUCCAAUCUCUGGGGUGGCCUCCUGUAUGUUAUUGUGCCAGAGAAGUCUUCACUGGGCUACAUCUCGGUCACCAUAGAAGGGGCCACCAAGGCUCCUUAUUUCAAGCAAGGUGAAACCAGCAUCCAGGACUGGCAUGAGAACAUCUGCCACUACCCUGCUCCCUGGGCGGAACUUGAAACCGAGAAUAUCAUCUUAACACUGCCCUCAGAUGCUGUGCGUAGUCAUGACAAGAUUGAGUUCCUUCUCAAGACCUGGGACCAGAUGAUGAGGGCCAUUGCCAAGUUAGCCUCCAUCCCUUCUCUUUUCCCCAGACCAGAGAGAAUCGUGACAGAUGUCCAGAUAUCGACAGGUUGGAUGCACUCUGGCUACCCAAUCAUGAGUAACGUGGGAGCAUUGCCUGACAUCAUAGACGUGCAAGCUUUCUAUGCCAAAGGCACCUGGGGCCCAAUUCAUGAAUUGGGUCACAACCAGCAGAAAAGUGGGUGGAACUUCCCACCCCAUACCACGGAAGCCACCUGCAACCUCUGGUCUGUUUACGUCAAUGAGACUGUGCUGAGCAUCUCCAGAGAAAUAGCCCAUCCAGAUCUUCUGCCGAAAGCAAGAAAGGAGAGGAUUGAGAACUACAUUAAAAAUGGAGCUAACCUGGAGGACUUUAAAGUAUUCACUGCUUUGGAACCAUAUCUGCAGCUGCAGGAAGCCUUUGGGUGGGAGCCUUACAUCCACAUUUUAGCCAAAUAUCAAACCAUGAGCAAUAUCCCAGACGACAACAAAUCCAAGAUGAACCUGUGGGCUGAAACCUUCUCUCAGGAAGUGAACAGAAAUCUGGGCCCUUUCUUCAAAACCUGGGGGUGGCCCAUAGAGGACAAGAUCUCUGAGAAGCUGGCCAGAUCCUUCCCUGCCUGGGCUGAGGAUCCAAUGGUGAAGUAUCAGUCUUCCUGAAGGACCAGAGCCAAGAUCAGCCCCACCAGAGAGGCACUGGGAAUGGGGGAACAGCUUGCUCCAAACUGAAAUAACUAAAAUAAAUGACCAAUCAGCUGCAACAUAAAAUCCUAAUCCAUUGCUUCCCGUGGAAGAUUUGAGCUCUAUUAUUUCACUACUGCUUUUUAAAAAGAAAUAUCUGUCUCUGCAUUGCAGAUCUUGCAGAGGUUGGGGGGUUUCGUCCUUGAGAAAGCUUUUAAGCCUCUCAUAUCCCUAGAGGGUGGAGGUGACAAAAAGUGCAUUUAGAUAUUGUGAUGCAAGCUUUGCCCCUUACGUAUAGCAUGCAACGUCAUAACACAAGUAUGAGUGAAGCUUGUAUCAUUAACUUGUGACUUAUUUCAUCAUUGCGGAACCAUCAUGGUUAGAGGUGUGAAUGCCUAGAAAGCUGAAAAAAGCCACUUCAUUUUAAACAUUGAUCAAGUAUACCAAAGUUGAUUGUCCUGAACUUCUAAACUAUUUGGCAGCAAUGUAAGACCACAAGCAAAUAGAAAUUCACAUUUUCAUUAUAGUAGUUAAUGUAGCUGGUCCAUUCCAGCUUCAGGAAUUGGCAUUUCUGUACUUGUCAUGAAGAACUCUAUUUUUGAGAAUGUUUCACUUAUGAAAUUAUGAUUUUAGGCUCUGAGGCGGGUCUUGGUGAUGUCGCUUUUUAUUUUCAGAAUUUAUCUCCCUUGAUGGGGCUGGAUGGUUUGUACUCUCCCAUUUCUCAGCUUUUUUCUGUAUUCAUUGGAUUCUGUAUUCUGAAAUUCUGCUGUGGGUCCCCCCGCCCAGUUUCUGCUGUUGCUCUGUGAUUAUAUAUAGUACAAAAUAGAUUCAAAACAAUUUUUCUUUGUUGCUUUCCAUACUAAAUCUGCAUUAUUAUU